AUGACCUCCCGCCCACCUUCUACACCACGAGCGUCCCUCGGCGGAACCGCACUUCCGACGCCGUCUGCGCGCCGCAAGUCUGCCCUCCAUCGACCCGGUUCCUCGCUCGCCAACCCCGACCUCUCGUCCCUUCGACGCGCAAUCGCCCAGAAUGACCCGGCCAAGUACGUCGACUCACCCGACGUUGGCGUUGCAGUCGCAGGGAACGCGGGGUCAGGCGGACGUCAACCCGUCUUGCCCGGCAUGCGAACGGCCGCUCGACCAAUGACGCCGACGACGCCUUCCUACGCCCGUGCUCGCACACCCACCGGCUUUGGCUCCCGCACCGCAACCCGUACGCCGUCCCGCCAGAGCUCUCGAGCAGACGAGCCGCCUCCCCCGCCGAUGCUUCUCCCCGGCACGCCUGUCUCGUUCGAGGUCGCUGGCGAGAAGAUGGAGGGGACGUUGCGAUUCGUGGGCGAGGUCGAGGGGAAAGCGGGGACGUUCGGCGGGGUCGAGCUCGACGAGGCUUUCGCUGGACGAGGAAAGAACGACGGGAGCGUGCAAGGCACCCAAUACUUCGCCUGCCCUCCGCUCUGCGGCCUCUUCCUCCCACUCGCCAAGAUCACGCCCAAGCCGCGAGCCGCACCAGCUUUGACGGACGGAUCACGAGCCAGCAAGUACGCCGCCAUGAGCGCCAAGGACCUCCCUGCGCGACGACUCGCAGCAUCGACAAGCGGCACUCCGACUGUCACGAAACCGACGCCUCGCAAGUCUCUCUCGCCGACCAAGCCCCCAGCGAAAUCUCGAACCUCUCUAUCCCCGACGAAACCGACCACGUUCGCCACACCUCGUCCGACUCGCAUGGCACGACCCUCGCUUGGCGGUGCUACCCCAACGACAGCUUGCAAAUCGCUGGGCGGUCCGUCAGCGACACCACGCGCCCCACUCGCCUCCUCGAUCAAACGACCACCCUCCUCCCUCCGCCACACCGCACCCGACGUUCCGCCUAUUCCCGCCGCCUACGGUCUCAAACGCUCCGUCACACCUUCCUCCAUAUCCGGUCGUGUCACUCCCUCGACUCCCGGCGCGAUGAUGCGACGACGAACGAGCGCCGCCCAGAGCGACCUCUCCGCUAGCCACGCCGCUCGUCCGACCACUCCCAGCUUCCGCUCCUCAUCACGACAAUCCUUCGCCUCUUCCGUCUCGCGCCAGUCGCACCGCUCCAUGUUCUCCGCGAGCGACGCCGACGACUUUGACGACUUGCGGACGCAGGUCGAGGAGGCUCGUCAGCGCGAGGCCGAGAUCCGGCAGCUAUUGGAGGGAAGCGAGAAGCUCGGGCGGGAAAUGGAGGACCGGUUGACUGAGAAGAACAACCGCAUCAAGCAGCUCGAGGAGCGGGUCGCGCAGAUGGACCAGGAGCAAGAGCGGGCGCGCGAAGCGGAAAAGGCGAGGCUGGCCGGCGCGGAGGGCGAGGAGGGCGCGCGCGAGCGGGAUCGAGCACGCAUCCUCGACCUCGAGACACAGCUUGCCGACGUUCAGAAGGCUCUAGACGCCCGGCGAGCCAGCUACGACAAGCUCAAGCUCGAGGACAAGCACAAGACGGCGGCGAAGGAGGCCGAAGUCGAGUCUCUGCGCGAUCGGCUCGCGCAGGCGAACAAGGCGCACGAGGAGGAGCGCAACGACCUCAACUCGCAACUUGACAAGCUGCGCAGCGCCGGCCAAGCCCUCUGCGAGACGUACGAGGAGAAGAUUGCCGAGAUCGAGCUCGCGCGACUCGAGGCGGUCGACCUCGCCGAAACACUUCAGGCGCAGCUCGACGGGCGGCCAUCUUCCGACGCCGCUCGCGCCGACUCGCCUUCGACCUCCCGCACACUCUCCGCUUCCGUCUCUGCAGCCCAGGCCAUCGACGCCGAGACCGCUCGCGCCGAACUCGAGCACCUGCGCGCCAAGUUCGUCUCGCUCGAGGAGCAACUCGAAGACGCGCGCAUCCAGCUCGAGCAGGAGGUCGCAGACGCACGAGCUCGGCGGCAGAAGCAUGUCGAGGCGGAGCAGGUUCUCAAGGGCGAGAUCAAGUCGCUCAAGGAGGUCGUCGAACGGUCGAGUCAGGCCGAAUCACGGUCCGCCGCCCGCAUUCAGGAGCUCCAGGCUGCGCUCGUGGAGUCGCAGUCGACGCUCGAGGCGGAACGCUCCGAACUCGAAGGCUUGCGGCACGACGCCAACGGUGACGCGACUUCUGCACUCGCCGACGACCUCAAGCGCGUGCAUAAGGAGCUCGUCUCGACCAAGGCGACCCUCGAAAAGACGCAGCGCGAGGCGACUCAGCACGCCGACCUCGUCGCCGAGUUGCGCCAGGACUUGCGCAGCGCCGAGCGGGAGAUCGACCGCCUUCAAAAGCUCUCGCCUCGGCCGGAGACCAACCGGCGCACAUCUGUCGCCAGUUCGCGGAGCUCGCUCGGCGGCGACGAUGCAGCUGCAACGCGGGAACAGAUCGUCGGCUUGAAGAGCAUCAUCGAGACGCUCACGGCGGAAAACAAGGACCUCGCGGAGCAGAACAGCAAGGUCGUCGCCGAGGCGAAGCAGCUCAAGGAUGCGCAGCAGGCGCUCGAGCGGACUGUCGAGAACCUCAUGUCGCAGCUCGACAAUCCUCCCUCCGCCACGAAAGAAGCGUCUUCCCUCCCGACCUCGCCCUCCUCCGACUCUUCCCUCCGACGCGAGCUAGAACAGCUGCGAUCGGAGCUGAAGGAGGUCCAGCGGAAGAGCGAGCUGGAGAUCAAGGCGUUGAACCAGGAGGUCAACGAGCUCGAGUCGCUCGUCGAGUCCAAGAUUUACCACGAAGACGAACUCGAGACCGAGUUGCAAAAGUACAAGGCCCUCGCCGCGAAAGCCGGCGCCGCGUCAACCUCUUCCUCGACACCUCGCCUCAACGGCCACGGCUCGUCCAAGGCCAACUCGGAUGCGGAGGGCGGAGCCGAAUGCGAGAUGUGCGGCGAGAAGGGCCACGACUUGGAUUCGUGUCCCGAUUUCGCACCUGCUUCGCCGACCAAGUCGUCUUUCUCCGACCGCCAUUCUGCCUCGUCGAGGAAUGGCACGAACGGAGGCGGCAAAGAGUGGUGCGACGACUGCGAAGAGUUUGGUCACUCGCUCGAGAACUGCCCGCUCGCGAGCGAGAUCUUCUAG